UGUUUACUUAUUUUCUAUUCUCUGGAAAUCGGUGCCUAAUGAUAGAGUGAAUUAAUUGUUGAUUAUUGAUUAAGUUUCUAUAUUUUUAUAAUUGUAUUUUCUAUUUUUUCUAAAUUGUUGUAAUACUCACCGACUGAUGGACUGACUGUCACCUUUGUAAUUGUCUUUGUUUGGUUUUUAUCUGUUGUUCCAAAAACACUUUUAACUUUUGUGAAAAUUUUUGUUCUUUUUGUAGAAAACCAAAAAUGGUUGAUAAUGUAAAUUAUUUUGGUAAAUUAAUAGAACUUGGAACUAAACGGAAAUUUGUGGUCGAUUCUGAGGUGACGGAUGCUCCUUCCGUCGGGGGUACUCCAUGUUUCAAAUGUACCAUACGAAUUGUGAGUCAUGAUGUUUUGGUUGAGCAGAUCGGUUCCAGUAAGAAAGCGGCCAAAGCGGCUGCCGCUCAAAUCGCCUAUGAAGAAACUUAUCAAAAGGUUAAUGCUUCCAAUGGUGUUUCUGUGAGUGAAAUAUCAACCAAAUUAAAGAGUGUCGAGAUUGUCUCCGAUAAAGUGUCAACCUGUAUUGAAUUUGCCAAAAAAUUAGCCUCAAUAGAUGUAACUAAUAUCAAUGUUGAUGAUAGUUACUCUGAACUGAAUCAACUUGUCUCGGAUAUUCAGUGCUCUCUUUCAUACAAACAUGAGGAAAACAAGGUUGAAGAAUCGGUUGAAUUUCAAUUUGUCUGUGAAGUCCGUCCAACUAAUUCAUUAUAUCCAGUGGUCAGUGGUUAUGGUUGGAGUUGUACUAGUUUGGAAGAGGCCAAAACAAAAGCGGUCACUCAACUUCUCAAAGUUAUUGGUACAUUUUCAGACCAACCUCCGCCUUCCGAUUAAUUAAUCACAAUCCAGCAAAACAAUUCCAAUGAAAUUACUUAAAGACAACAUUUCCCCUCCUCUGUGCAUGGUUAAUUUUAUAUCUACGAUUGAUCUAAUUUAAUUAUUUUCGCAUUUUAUUGAUAAUAUUUACCAAUACUAAUCAAUCUUCCACUCAGUUAAUCAACAAAAUCAACCCAAUGCAAUAAUAAUUAUCAAAUACUUGAGUUGCUACUACAAGUUAAUCAACUUAGUGUUAAUUGUUACACUUUUUUUUCAAUUAACAUCUCUCUCUCUCUCUCUUUCUAUCAAAUCAAAAUGAUCAAGAUUGGAAUGAAAAUGUUUUUUAACAAUUUACGACAAGCAAAUAACUUAGCAUAUACAAGAUGCGAAAAGUGAAAUUGUAACAAUUUAAUUUUCUACUUUGUAUUACAACAUUGAAUCAAUUGAUGCAAUUAAAGAUUGGACUCGAAAAGGAACAAUCAACUAACUAACAAC